CGUGGUUUUGCUGUCGAGACAGUUGAUUUGUGGCCUCAACCAUAGACCUCGACCUUCUUUUGCGUGUUUCUCCUCUCUUUCUUCCUCCAUCGGGUGUCCAGCCACCUAUUGCAAAAGCCUCUUUCAGUCCUCCUCAAAUGAAUGAUGCCAAGUCGUGAGGGCGUUACCUCGCAGUCAACGCUCACCGCCGUCAUUCGUCCUCCUUCACCUACGGACAAGCCAUCUGCUCAGCUCUCUCUAGGUCCACAGCGGCCUAUUAUCACGCCGGCUCAGCCGUUCUCAAACGGCCGCACCGCUCCCUUCGCGCCGCACAACGGAGAUGUCAUGGCUGGGCUUGGAGGGAAUGUCGGUUCCACCGGCAAGGGUAUCUUGAUCGGGAUUCUCUCUGCCUUUGGUUCCGCGGGCGUUGCAAUCGUUGUGCUUGCUGUUUUCUUCUUUUUCAGAUAUACUCAACGGGGCCGCAUUAUACUUGACCGAAUCGGAAGGCCCGGUGAAUAUGAUGACGAACAGGCAUUCGCAAGAGAGGAAGCGGAGGCGUUGGAAACGAUGGAUGAAUUGCAACAGACGGAAUAUCUGAGGGCUAAGGCCUUCAUCCAAGCAAACCCCCCCGAGACGAUGCAAACAGAUAUUUCGCUAUCACAGUUCCUGGCUAUCCAAGAAAAGGGCGUUUCUGCGUGGGAAUUUGAACCAGAGCUUGAGAUUGCUAAUUGCUUUGUGGAAGCUCGAACCGAAAUCGAAUUCUUCGAUUCAGAAUGCAGCGUCCAGAGCAACCUGCCGGUUCCUAAACAAAACGAAGUUUAUUACUGGGAAGCUAAAAUAUACGAUAAACCAGAAACCAGCCUUAUAAGCAUUGGCAUGACAACGAAACCAUACCCAUUAUUUCGACUACCAGGCUUCCAUAAAACUUCUGUAGCCUAUUUGUCUACAGGACAUCGCCGCUAUAACCAGCCCUUCACUCCUACUGCUUACGGCCCUGAAUAUGUCCAAGGAGACGUGAUUGGUGUGGGCUAUCGGCCGCGCACGGGAACGAUAUUCUUCACCCGCAACGGGAAGAAACUUGAUGAUGCUGCGCAGGGACUGAAGUCUCAAAACUUCUUCCCUACUGUUGGAGCAAAUGGACCCUGCACGGUCCAUGUGAACUUCGGGCAGAUGGGAUUUGUUUUCAUUGAGGCCAAUGUCAAAAAAUGGGGCCUCGCACCAAUGACAGGUAGUCUGGCACCUCCACCUCCCUAUGGAAGUGAGCAGGGCAGCAUUCUGCUGGAGACGGGCCGCGAGGGCCAUCACUCCUCUACGCAAUGGGGCCAGCACGAGUCGGGCCAUUCACGAACGCGCAGCGGCACGAUCCGAAUGCCGUACCCCGUGAGCCCCGGCCCCGUUCGAUCUCCCACAGAUAUUUCUCUCGCCCAACUCCCCCAUAUAUCGAACCAAAUAGAUGUUGGUGAAGGGUCAAGUGGAACGCCAAACGUGACAUAUGAGCGAGACGAUCGAACAACGCUACGACCCACUGAUGGGGUAAUAUCAGCUGUUCCACCUCCAGAAUACUCCAGCCCGCAACAGAGUCCGACCCACAGUGAGUACGGCGAGCGGCAUCCACCUGGGCGCGAUUCAAGAAGCCCCCCGAUCCCAAGCUACGAUGCAGCAGUAAGAAAUGACAGAGGCUCACGCGCACGGCAAGAUCUAUAAUUAUAUACGACCUUUCUCCUUGCUUCCCAGCUUUCUCCCCUUCGAUAUUAUUUUCCCUCAUGACAAAACGCUCCUUACUUUUGUCGGAAAGAUCCCUACUUUUCCUCUGCCUUGUCCCCUUUUCUAUCUAUGAUUGCUCCCCAUUUGUCGAUUUAGCGAACACGGUUUGGGAAGGCGUUCUUCGGGUUUUGUGCGUAAUUUUUCCUUAUGUUUUCUGUUUGGAUUCGAACUGGGUGAUUACCUUGAUCAACAGCGACGGGAACAAACUCCUCGUAUAUGUUCUAUUAUAUCUUCCACGUCUCCCAUAAACCACCUCCAUGCACCUGUUAUUUCCUAUUUCUAUGCUUCGAGUUUCAACAGCCGGAAGGAGACGUUCAGAAAUAUCACAAGAGGAGAAAAUGUCAUGUUGGGAAUGCGCAUCGCCUUCUCACUUACUUUACUCUACGUUCCUCCCCCCAUUUUUGCGUUGAUAUAACCACUCCUUUAGGAUUGGAGUGGGUGGAUGGAGUUGAAAGUUAAGCGACGGGUGGAACUUUUUGCCGGGCGCAAAUCAGUCAUUUCUGUACAAAGACAUGUGUGCGAUUGUUUCUCUUUUUAUAAAUAUAUAGGCUUUUGCGCAUAUACCAC